UGUUUCGUAACUCUCGAAUACAAUGUCUGUGCUGUGGUGUAUAGUUAGUGCCUAUAUUAUAGUAGUAAGUCCAAUACAAGCCUCGAGGAUUCUCUUCUACAUCCCUACGCCGUCCAUCAGCCAUCAAGUAGUGUUCCGUCCUCUGGCCCAGACACUGGCCAGCCGAGGUCAUGACGUCACCGUCAUCACAGCAGACCCCGCCUUCCCGAAAGGAAAAUCACCAGCAAACUUAACAGAAAUAGAUGUACAUGACAUGUCUUACGAGAUAUGGCAAGAAGGAAUUAUGAAGGAGACAAGAGGCGACACAGGUGAUCUGAAAGCUCAACUAGCACCAGUAAUGAGGACAUUGUAUACGGUGUUUGAUAAACAACUGCAAGAGGAGAAGAUUCAGAAUUUGAUUAAUGACAAAAACAAACAGUUUGACUUGGUGAUAUUGGAAGGAGUGCUACCACCACUCCUCGUAUUCUCACAUAUUUAUAAGGCACCAGCAAUUUUAAUGAGUAGUUUUGGUGGUUUGUAUGGACAUUAUGAAUCAGUUGGAGCUCCCACGCAUCCACUCUUAUACCCCCUGAACAUACGUCAAAAAUUAGGUGACCUGACGCUGUGGGAUAAAUUAAGAGAAUUAUUCGUUUAUUAUGCAGUAGAAAACCUUUGGUACAGUUUCUAUGAUCUAGGCAACAGCAUACUAAAAAAACAUUUUGGGCCAGACGUACCCAAUGUUUGGGAAUUAAUGGAUAAUAUUGAUAUGUUGUUCCUGAAUAUACAUCCCAUGUUUGAAGGCAUUAGACCUGUUCCACCCAAUGUUAUCUACUUGCACGGUUUGCAUCAAAAGCCCAAAAAAGACCUCCCUCAGGAUCUGAAGUCUUACUUAGAUUCGUCCAAACAUGGUGUCAUUUACGUGAGCUUUGGUACCAAUGUAGAUCCUGCUCUAUUGCCGCCAGAAAAAAUACAAAUAUUAGUACGAGUGUUCUCUCAGUUGCCUUACGAUGUUUUGUGGAAGUGGAGCAAAGAUGAAUUGCCUGGUCGAUCUCCAAACAUUAAGAUAGCUAAAUGGUUCCCACAACCGGAUCUACUCAAGCAUCCCAAUGUGAAGUUGUUCAUAACACAAGGAGGAUUACAGUCCACAGACGAGGCCAUCACUGCAGGAGUUCCAUUGAUCGGCAUGCCGAUGUUAGGUGACCAAUAUUUCAACGUAGAAAGAUACGUUUACCAUGGUUUUGGUAUCAGACUGGACAUGGAAGCGCUGACUGAAGAAAAACUUAAGCAUGCAAUUAACGCUACAGUAGAAGACGAAAGUUACCGUCGCAACAUGGAACGUUUCCGCACUCUAAUAAAUGAUUCGCCGCAGACACCGUUGGAGCGCGCCGUGUGGUGGACAGAGUACCUACUGCGACAUGGUGACGCCAAGCACUUACGCUCACCCAGUGCCAAUAUCUCGUGGAGACAGUACUUAGAACUUGAUCUAGUCUUAGUCUUACUAUCAGUAUUGUUAAUAGCUGUCGCAGUUAUUGUUAUAGUACUUCGCUUAGUGUACAGAGCUUUACGAUUUUAUAGAGUUGGUGAUGUUAAGAUUAAACGCAAUUGAUCUGGG